UGGUCGGGGUCACAGGCCAGGUUCAGCAGGUAGCAAGCAGCGUAGUACAGAGGGUCAGGCAGAGGGAUGGUCAGGGUCACAAGCCAGGGAUCAGAACAGGGAUGGUCAGGAGCGAGCCGGGAUCAGAGCAGGAGAAGUCAGCAGCGGUUCAGAAACAAGAUGCAGGACAGAAACAGGAUACAGGGCCCAGGACAAACACAACACCAAGGCAGAGUCUGCAAGUCUGGCCAUCCCUUAAAUACACCAGUAUCAUCAGUUCCAGGUGUUAGCUGGCUGAAAGGUUGAGUCUCUGAUUGCUGGGAGCACCCGCUGGCCAGCCCUGGUACUGCAGAUCAAAAGGCAGGUGAGUCCCACCAUUGCUGGCCAGUCCAUUCCUGACAAGUUGUCAUUCCAACUGUAGAUUUGGCCCAGUGACAGGCUGAUGCUUUCUGUGAAGCACAGAUCCUGGGAUACUGCUCAGGACAGCUAAGUAAACAGCUUGACUGUCCCA